CGCAGGCAUUGGGGUGUUGCGAAAAACCACCUGAAGAUCACACACAGUGUUCUCUGUGGAGAGGGAGAGGGAGAGGGAGAGGGAGAAGGAGAAGAUGUUCCUUAAGAGGUUCGCUGGGCCAUUGUUGGCGAAGGUGAAGGAGACGACGGGGAUCGUGGGUCUGGAUGUGGUGCCGAAUGCAAGAGAAGUGUUGGUGUCACUCUACUCGAAGACCUUGAAAGAGAUCCAAGCUGUCCCAGAGGACGAGGGUUACAGAAAAGCUGUCGAGAGCUUCACGAGGCAUCGUCUCAAGGUAUGCCAGGAAGAAGAGGAUUGGGAGCAGAUCGAGAAGCGCAUCGGCUGUGGUCAGGUCGAAGAGCUUAUCGAAGAAGCCCAGGAUGAGCUCAAACUCAUCGACAAGAUGAUCGAGUGGGAACCUUGGGGUGUACCUGAAGGUUAUGAAUGUGAGAUAAUUGAGAACGACGCUCCGGUACCUAAGCAUGUCCCUCUACACCGACCAGGUCCACUUCCUGAGGAGUUCUACAAGACGUUGGAGGCAGUCGGUUCUCCACCAAAGAUAGAUGAACAAACAAGCACCUCUAAGGAGUCGCAGUUAAAGGAGUGAUCUAUUAAGUGCUUCCUUGGGCUUAAUCAGCCUGAAUACACAUUUGCAAAGUGGAAGCUCUGCAAUUUUCUUGUUUAUUUGUUAAAUGUUUCCAGAACUCAUACACUAGAUUUGUCUGGUACAUUAUUUAUGUGGCAUGAUCUAGAACCAUAUGAGGGAUAACCUUUUGACUGAACUUAGUCUGAAGAAUGAACUUUCUUGGUUCUUACAAGGAAGUGUAGGAGAUUAAUAACAUCUUGAAGGAUAAAGAACCAUUUGAAAC